AUGCCUGAGGAAUUAAGGUCUUAUUUUGCACUAGAGGGUUAUGGGGAUCGGUCCUCCGUUCGGGAGGUCAUCAAGGACCUUGUGAAGAGUCAGAUGCAGAAUGGACUCACUGGGCCUUCGGGGUAUGUAACGGAUGGGCCUGGAAAUUACAAAUACAAAACAAAAUGCACCUGGCUCAUUGAAGGAAGGCCAAACACAAUCCUCAGGCUUCGAUUCAAUCACUUUGCAACAGAGUGCAGUUGGGACCACUUGUAUGUGUAUGACGGAGAUUCAAUUUACGCUCCCUUACUGGCAGCUUUUAGUGGUCUUAUUGUUCCUGAGAAAGAUAGCAAUGAAACUGUACCAGAAGUUGUAGCUACUUCUGGAUAUGCCCUUCUGCAUUUCUUCAGCGAUGCUGCCUAUAAUUUAACAGGGUUUAACAUCACAUAUAAUUUCAAUAUGUGUCCCAAUAAUUGCUCCGGCCGAGGAGAGUGCAAACUCAAUAACAGCAGCAAUGCUCUUGAAUGUGAAUGUGCCAAAUAUUGGAAGGGAGAAGCUUGUGAUAUUCCGUACUGCACAGAUGACUGUGGGGCACCCGAGAGAGGACACUGCAACUUUAAUGAUACUAAAGCAUGUGUGUGCUCUGCAGGCUGGCAAGGUCCUGGCUGUUCAAUUCCUGCUCCUGCAAACCAGUCGUUUUGGACCCGGGAGGAAUACUCUCUUCCAAAACUUCCUAGAGCAUCUCACAAAACCGUAAUCCAUGACAAUAAAAUGUGGAUCGUUGGAGGCUAUGUCUUCAAUCAUUCUGACUCUCAGAAGGUUUUAGCGUAUGAUCUUAUUUCUGAAGAGUGGCUUCCACUGGACAACACUGUGAACUCCGUAGAGAUGAGAUAUGGUCAUUCGCUGGCACUACAUAAGGAUGAUAUAUACAUGUAUGGUGGAAAAAUAGAUGCGACGGGGAACGUGACCAGCCAGCUGUGGGUGUUCCACAUUCCCACCCAGACCUGGGCUCAAGUGACGCCGAAAGCCAAGGAGCAGUACGCUGUUGUUGGCCACUCGGCACACAUCGUCACCCUGCAAGACGACAGCGCCGUCAUGCUUGUCAUCUUUGGGCACUGCCCUCUUUAUGGGUACAUCAGCAACGUCCAGGAAUACAACCUAGCCACAAAUACAUGGAACAUUUUACAGACGAGUGGAGCUUUGGUGCAAGGAGGGUAUGGUCACAGUAGUGUUUAUGAUCCAAAUACAAGAUCAAUUUAUAUCCAUGGAGGUUAUAAAGCAUUCAGUGCUAACAAAUACAGGCUAGCAGAUGACUUGUACAAAUAUGAAGUUAAUUCCCGUAUGUGGACUAUUCUUAAAGACAGUAAAUUUUUUCGCUAUUUGCACACGGCUGUGAUAAUGAGUGGAACCAUGCUGGUGUUUGGAGGAAACACGCACAACGACACCUCCAUGAGCCACGGCGCAAAGUGCUUUUCUUCAGAUUUCAUGGCGUAUGAUAUUGCUUGUGAUCGGUGGUCUGUUCUUCCUCGCCCGGGUCUCCAUCACGACGUGAACAGGUUUGGACAUUCUGCCGUGCUGUACAACAGCACCAUGUAUGUAUUUGGAGGCUUCAACAGCCUCCUCCUGAGUGACAUCCUGAAGUACACACCCGAGCGAUGCGAAGCUUUUGACAACGAAACGGCCUGCCUGCGAGCAGGUCCUGGCAUCAGAUGCGUGUGGGCUACCAGCCCUCCUCGCUGCGUGCCCUGGGAAAUGGCGACGGUGGAGCAGCAGCAAAAAGUCUUCGAAGACUGUCCUCCCAAGCCAGUUGUAGACAAUGAAAAAUGUGAUCAGAUUACAGACUGCUAUAGCUGUACAGCAAAUACAAACCACUGUCAAUGGUGCACUGACCAGUGUAUCUCAAUGCAUAACAACUGCACAGAGGAACAGGUUCCUAUUACUCUGUAUGACAGUUGUCCUAAAGAUAACCCUGCCUAUCACUGUAACAAAAAGACAAGUUGUAAAAGCUGUGCCAUGGAUCAAAACUGUCAGUGGGAACCUAGGAACCAGGAGUGCCUCGCUUUACCAGAAAAUAUCUGCGGAACAAACUGGCAUUUGGUUGGCAACUCCUGCUUGAAAAUUACAAACGCCAAGGAGAACUACGAUCAUGCCAAACUGUCCUGCAGAUCCAACGGUGCUUUGCUGGCUUCUCUCACGACCCAGAAAAAGGUAGAAUUUGUUCUAAAGGAGCUGCAGAAGAUGCAGUCUUCGCCCAAAACUUUGACUCCAUGGGUUGGACUGAGGAAAAUCAACGUGUCGUAUUGGUGCUGGGAAGACAUGUCUCCCUUCACCAACACCCUGCUCCAGUGGCUCCCCGAUGAACCAAGCGAUGCUGGAUUUUGUGGCUAUUUAGCCGAGCCUUUCCAGCAGGGACUGAAGGCAGCAACGUGUAUCAACGAAGUCAACGGCAGUGUCUGCGAAAGGCCAGCGAACCACAGCGCCAAGCAGUGCCGCACGCCCUGCGCCCUGCGGACGGUCUGCGGGGAGUGCACCAGCGGCAGCUCCGAGUGCAUGUGGUGCAGCAACAUGAAGCAGUGCGUGGACUCCAACGCCUACGUGGCCUCCUUCCCCUACGGGCAGUGCAUGGAGUGGUACACCAUGAGCAGUUGUCCGCCUGAAAACUGUUCAGGCUACUGCACGUGUGCUCACUGUUUGGAGCAGCCCGGCUGCGGGUGGUGCACUGAUCCGAGCAACACCGGCAAGGGCAAGUGCAUCGAAGGCUCUUACAGAGGUCCGGUCAAGAUGCCGACCCCAUCCGCAACAGGGAAACACAGCUUGGAGCCCGUCCUUAACGUCAGCAUGUGUCCUGUGGAGAACAACUAUAACUGGUCUUUUAUUCAGUGUCCAGCCUGCCAGUGUAAUGGGCACAGUAAGUGUGUAAAUGAAAGCAUCUGUGAGAAGUGUGAAAAUCUGACAACUGGCAAACACUGUGAAACUUGUAUCUCAGGCUACUACGGCGAUCCUACUAACGGAGGAACAUGUCAGCCUUGCAAGUGCAAUGGCCACGCGUCUGUCUGCAACACAAAUACAGGGAAAUGUUUCUGCACCACCAAGGGAAUAAAAGGAGACGAGUGUCAACUGUGUGAAGUCGAAAACAGAUAUCAGGGAAAUCCACUUAAAGGAACGUGUUACUAUACUCUUCUCAUUGACUAUCAGUUCACCUUCAGUCUUUCUCAAGAGGAUGAUCGCUAUUACACAGCAAUCAACUUUGUAGCAACACCCGAAGAGCAAAACAGAGACCUGGACAUGUUUAUCAAUGCAUCUAAAAACUUCAACCUCAACAUUACUUGGUCCACAAGUUUUGCAGCUGGCACGCAGGCUGGGGAGGAAAUUCCAGUUGUUUCAAGAACCAAUAUAAAAGAAUACAAGGACAGCUUCUCCAAUGAGAAAUUUGAUUUCCGCAACAAUCCAAACAUCACUUUCUUCGUUUAUGUCAGCAAUUUCACCUGGCCGAUAAAAAUACAGAUUGCAUUCUCACAACACAGCAACUUUAUGGACCUGGUACAGUUCUUUGUGACAUUUUUCAGUUGUUUCCUGUCUUUGCUCCUGGUGGCAGCUGUGGUUUGGAAGAUUAAACAAAGUUGCUGGGCAUCGCGACGAAGAGAGCAACUACUCCGUGAGAUGCAACAGAUGGCAAGUCGCCCCUUCGCCUCCAUCAACGUUGCCUUAGAAACAGACGAAGAGCCGCCAGAUCUCAUUGGGGGAAGCAUAAAGACUGUACCAAAGCCGAUAGCGCUGGAGCCCUGCUUUGGGAACAAAGCAGCCGUUCUCUCUGUAUUCGUGAGGUUGCCUCGAGGACUUGGGGGUAUACCACCACCAGGACAGUCAGGUCUUGCAGUGGCCAGUGCACUGGUGGACAUUUCGCAACAGAUGCCAAUUGCCUACAAAGAGAAAUCGGGUGCAAUACGAAAUCGGAAACAGCAGCCCCCUGCACAGCCAGGAACCUGUAUUUGAUGCAUGGACAUCAGAAACUGUUUAGGGUUUUAAACAAAAUGGAAAAGUAAUACCUAGGAGGAGGAGGAGAAGGAUUUACAAGUUGUGUCACAAGAGACUAGAAGCACUCAGAAAAACACAACUUCCUUGAACCCAACUUUUUCUCUCAUCUACGUGAUAGUUGGCUUUGUUUGACAACUGCUCCACUUAAGUUUUACUGACACGUGGCUUCAGAUUGCUCCUUUGUUUUCUUGAAGUUUAAAGUAAAAUAAUUUUAUUGCAGGUCCAGUAACAUCCGAUCACCACCAUUCAUGGUCAGUGUAAAUAGAACAGUAGUCCAAUAUGAAUGACACUCAGGUUUAUACAUGGAAAGUGCUUUGUAGUUCAUGUAUUUAUCAAACUGUACAAAAAGAAAAAGAUGCAGUGUUUACAGGUGUCAGCUCUCAACACAUAAACACUACUAUUAAUCUUCAAAGCAUCUUCAUCCUUUGUUUUCAUUUAAUACUAUAUGUUUAUUCCCUCAUUCUUUAAGUGGAACUCUCUUCCAGAUACAGCGUUUUUGUAGUCAUCAUGGUCCAGAACAUCAGGAACGCAAAAGCCGGGGUGGUUUAAAGGUUGAUGUUGCAUGUUGCUCAGACCACAUGCAAUACCUGGAGAAGUUGAAUGUUGCUUUUGAAGGACUCAGUGUUUACAUAGUCUUAACCUGCUUGGAGUACACCACACACAAGUGCCUAGACUUGAACAGAUCUAGGGAGUGAGGAGACUGCUACACACAUUUCUUUUCAACAUAAUUAAAUUCCUUUUUAAUAUAUAUAUACACACAGAUAUAUAUAUAUAUAUGGUCACCCAAGGCAAUCUGUGUUCUUUGUAAUAUAUUACGUGCAGUCAGGGGAAAAUGGCAUUUUCCUGACCAAAAAACUACUCAACCAGAUGGGAAAUAUCUGGAGGGAAAGUAGAGUUUCAGUAUCUCAUAAGACAACUCCUGGUUUCACCAGCUCUUUUAAUAGAAGCAGUUUGUGUUCCAGGUCAGAUACAUUAUAUUUCUUCUGAUUUUUUCUCUGCCCGUUUGGCCUCUUUCCCUGCCCCUUCCCUCCUGCCACUCUUCUGGAUGGGAGCUGAGCUGUGCUGGGGCUCAGAGCCAUCGCUCCUCAGCAGAAAGGUUUGCUCUGUCUCCUUACAGGGUGCAAAAAGCAACACUCCAGGUGCCAGAUCAUUUGAGGAUGGAGUAAAAAAGAACUUUAAAUAAAAAGCAAGGAGAGCAGCUUCGUUUGGCCACAGGUUUGAGUUCUACACGAUCAGUUACUGAUAUUUCCCAUUGGGGUUGAACUCUCGUAGACAUUGAAGAAGGUUUCCCAUUGGGGUUGAACUCUCGUAGACGUUGAAGGACGUGGCUCGUUGGUGAAAAGGAAGGGACUUGCAAACAGCAAAGUUAAGGCUUGGCUUUUGGGGGACGUAUCAAACCGUCUCAGGUACUCUGACUAGUUGGAAUUAUGUUUUGAGGUUCAAGGUUGGACUUGACCCAUCCAGUCUGCACAUGCCAGUGCCCGAUGUCUCCCUCGAUUUUGGAGCGUGGCGCAGUGCCGGGGCCACGCAAAGUUGUGAUGUUGAAGCCGGUAGGAAGAUGUUACGUGAAGGUGCCAAACGAGGCGUGUAAUUGUUGGCUAAUCACAGUAAGUGCAGUUUCAUUCAGGUCGCCAAGUUGCUGGUUUCUGAUGAGGACAUCUAGUAUUUAUGAAAUGGAGAACUAACAAAUCGAGGGCAGCGAAGGAAAGUGCUCUUGAGUCUUCUGGCCAGGUAGCACCCUUUUUCCAAAACGAAACCCAAGUAACUGCGUCUUUUUUUUUUUGUGCAUGUUUUGGUGAUCGAUCACAUAUCAGCCACUCAUUUUUGGUUUUGGUUUGUUUUUUUAACCAUGUAUUUUAAAGAAGCUCUUUGGAGCGCGGUGGCAUCGCAAUAAAGACAUGAAUUGCUGUGCGUGUCUGGACGGCAGUGAUGGGGGACAGCCUGCUGGUUUAAAGACAGUGGUGGAUUAUAAUUCUGAUUUAAUGUGUCAUUUAAUAAAUACAAUGGGACUGCAGAAAAAAUAUUGUCGAAAAAAUGCAUUUUAUAUAUAUACACGUGUGUGUGUGUAUUUUUAUAUAUAUAUUUAUAUAUAUAUAUAAAAAAAAUGCAUCCGUUUCUAAACUAGAAGUUAACUGCCCUCUGGGGAGAAGAAAUUAUGGGAUAGAAAGGGGUGAGCUUUGUGCUUUAGAAUUGAAGGGGUUUAGGCAAUUUAAGUUUUAACUGAUGCACAGAUUACCUCAGACAGAUUCAUCUCCUGAAAAUAUUUUCUAACUUCCUAUGUGUAUAAGGCUAACCUGAACUAGAGAAAUAAUACUGGACUAAAAUCCCUCCCCUGUUAUUACUUUACCUGUUUUCGGUCGUGAUGCACAUCCUCAUGUUCAGAGAUGUCGUCGUCUUGUUUCUCCAACGCUUUUUUGGGGAGGAGAACUGCCAACCCAACUUGAGAAAGCUCUUGUGCUUAAGUCUCCAUAUUCAGGACAGCACUUAAGCAGGUGCUUAAAAGUUGUUGCUUAGGUUUUCUUGAACAGAAACAGCUUUCAGAACAAUAGGCCUGGAGGAGUGAUGUAGUUUUAUGUUAACAAAAAGAUGUAAAUGUGGUUUGUUUUUUUUUUUUUUUCCCCUGGAGAGCUGGGUUGUCUGGUCUCAAAAGCUUAUGGUGGAGCGUGCCCAGAAGUGUAGCCACAAAGUGAGGUGUCAGAUCUUGGAAAGACGAGCAAAAAUGAUCAAACUUUGAGGUUUAGCAGAACCAAAAAAUGUAAAUAGAGGAACAAGACUUAUUUAUAUAAAUAAAAUGAAACAGCUCCUUUAGGAUGUAGCUCUGCUCUGCAUCUUAUCUCCAUAUUGAUGAGGGAAAAAGAGAACUCUCAUACAUAUUUCUGCUGCAAACAGUUUCAUCCCAACUUAAAGGUAAAACAGAGACGAAGGUGGGAAUGGAUGGGGGGAAGAAGAAUUGUCGGUGGUUUAUCACCAGGCCAAUAUCAAAAGUGAAGGAUUUGUGGGUUUAUUUCUUUUGGAGGUGAGGGCGGGGGAAGAGCAACCUUAUUUCAUGGGAGAAUCUGUAAAUAAAUGAAAAAUAACACACCAAUUUUGCACUUGUACAUAAACUAUACAGUAGCGUGCAGAACAUUGAAAGAUUUAAAGUGUAUAUAAACCAGAAAAAUAUUGAAUGUAUUUUUGAUGCAUUUUAAAUGAUGUAUGAGUUUUGUCUUAAUAACUUCUUCAUAUGAUGAGUAUUAGAUAACUUUCCAGAGCUUUAAAGAAACAUCAAAUUAUAUUCGUGAUAUCUUGCAGUAUAAAGCAGGGAGGCAUAACUUGACUUUUAUGUAUUCAAAUGCAUUUCACUUAAAUGUAUAAGCGCAGUAAAAUACAGCUCUUCCAUUUGAAAGGGGGAAAAAAAAACGCUUGAAGACAAGUAAUAAAUGUACUUAAAGUAGUCAUUACUUGGAGGAUUAAGUCAGCAGUUUAAGCCUCUACCAUUAAGAUUGUGCCAGCGAUUUCCAUUCAAAAUCACUAUUUUCAAGCGUUUAUAACUGGCUGAAAUUCAGCAUUCAAGGUCUCAGCCCUCAGAACAAUUCUAUUCUUUGAGAGUAGCCUUUUGAAAAAAAAAAAAAAAAUUUAAAAAUCAGAAAUGUUGUAGCCCUUUUAUUCUAGAAAGCAACAGUGCCAUUGGAUCUCCAAAUCACAUAUAUUUUUUUUUGGUGCACCGUUUUCCAUUCUUUUUAGCCCAGGAUUUUCUCUGGACUGUUGUAGCGUGAGUGACAGGAGACCCUGCCACAGCAUGGGUCAAGGUGUUGGAUACAAGAAGAUUUAUGAGACACAACUUUGAGUUAUUGCCACUCUCCCUGGGCUUAAAAUGUGCUGUAUCGAAAUUGCCAAAAUAAAGCUAUACAUGAUGGGGUAAUGUCUGUGAUUAGCAUAAAGUCAUAGCGUAUAAUGUAGCAAAAUUUGAUGGUAUGGUACCAUAAAAGCAUGACAGGCCCUGUUGGCAGAUACACGCUUCUUAGGGGUAGUUUGUAUACUAAAUAUUGCUCAGAAACAUCAUUUUCCCUGCAGCAAGCGUUUACCAAAAUACGUAGUCGCUGGGCUUAUAGUGUGGUUUUAAAAUGGCAGCUCAGCUUGCUUGGCCCUAAAUAAGCUGAAAUGAGCUUUUGAUGAAAUACCCUCACUCGAGAGGCUGAAAUAAAAAUUGAGGCUUUCCCCAUGACCCGCCGAAGGUCCAGUGCCGCAAAGAUGAGGCUGAUUUCUCUGUCCUUAACUGCUCCCGAUGUUAGCAGCUGCUUUUUCUUUUCCACGAGACCCCGAGUUAGGGUCGGAGCAUCAGCUCCAUCUUUGAACCUGCAAAACCCUUUUCCCUGCAAACAGGGAUUUGCCGGCACUGAGCUUGCGAGAAAGCAAAGAACGGACCCUCCGUGCCAGGAGCGACUUCUAAACUCAUCCAUCCAACUCGCAGUAAGCUGCCGAUGUCUCUUCUUUUCCCGUUUCCUUUUUAUCUUCAUUUGGGAAUACCGUAGGGGAAAGGGAGGGAGGGGGUUUGGGGUUUUCGGAGCCGCCGGAGCGAAGCUGCAAAAGCAGGUUGGGAGAGUCGUGCGUGUUUUAAAUGGAAAAGUCCCACUGGCAGAUGCGCGCCGGAGCGUUCAGGGAUGCGGGAGCAAAGGGAAGGGAGGGAUAGGUGUGCGUUUCUCAUUUUCGGAUGUGUUGUUGGCAAUUUUAGUCAAAUUCACGCUCUUUCUGUUGGUAGCUGCUUAAAUUAAAUUAGUUUCCAUUGCUAGGAAUACUACAAUAAUGUGGAUGUGCUGGGGUUUUCUGCUUCUGCAUCAGGGCAGGUUUUGUUCAGUUUAUUAUUUCGUUCUAACACUACACGUGGACUAUUUUUGUGCGUCUUCCAGGUACUAUAGUUCUUUACAUAUUUCCUCUACAUUUAUCAUUGAUUCCACAAACAUCACCAGAAGAAAGAAGAAGAAAAAAAAUUAAAAAUUGUGGAGGAGUGUAACAUAUGUCAGUCCAUUAUUUUUUUUUUAAAAAAAAGCAAAAAGAAAAUAAAAAUAGAGUUUUAUAUUACUCUGAAAUUUGUGCACAAUAAAUGUUCUUUACACUAAGAUCCUUGAAUUAAUUGUAUUCUGGAUUUUUUUCUUUGUUCUGUAAUUAUUUACGAUUCUUAUCUGUGUUCAGACUUGAGCUUAGUUUGUUAAUAUGUAUAAUUUAGCAUUUAUUGCAUUCAUAUGUAAAUAUGAGCAAGUAUUGUAAACUAUUUCAUUGCCGGGGGUUGUGGGUGUUAUACAUACACACAUUUAGGACUGCAGUUUUUGGUAUAAUUUUUUGUAUUGUAAAAUAACAGCUAAUUUAAAGCAGGAACGAGAAAAUUAUUGGGAGGUCUGUGCAUUUUAAAUACAAAUGUGAAGUACAUGUAUAUAAAUAAAAGUAAAUAAUGCAAAUCUUUCCUCUGAAAUAAAAAGUAGAUGAUCUGGUUAAA